AUGUUGUUCAACUACCAAUCUUUGCUCGUGGGAGUCUCCUUGAUCUCUCAAGCCCUAUCUGCACCUCUGUUGGAGUCGAGGGCAACUCCUGCUACCUCUGCUUUCCCUGAUUUGCAACGUGCAGCAAAGCUGUCUUCUGCUGCAUACAGUGGUUGCAUCGGAAAAGCCUUCGAUGUCACUAUUACCAAGAGGAUUUAUGACCUCUUGACCGAUACCAAUGGAUUUGUUGGAUACUCCACCGAAAAGAAGAAGAUUUCGGUCGUCAUGAGGGGCUCGACUACCAUCGCUGAUAUCUUGAACGACAUUGACACUACUCUUGUCACACCCUCGCUCUCAGGUGUGACAUUCCCUUCUGGCGUGAAGAUUAUGAGGGGUCUCAACAAACCUUGGUCCGCUGUGCACGACGAGGUCAUUGCUGAAGUGAAGUCGCUCAUCGCAAAGUAUCCGGACUACACUUUGGAGGCAACCGGACAUUCCCUCGGUGGUGCCCUCACCUACAUUGCCCACGUUGCACUUGCGCAGAACUUCCCUGGCAAGGCACUCACUAGCAAUGCACUUGCUGCCUUCCCCAUUGGCAAUGAAGCCUGGGCCAACUUUGCUGGCUCACAGGCUGGCACUUUGAACCGCGGAAAUAACAUCGCUGACGGUGUCCCAAAUAUGUACGUGAGCGGACUUUUCAACUUCAAGCACUAUGGAACCGUGAGUGAUCCCAUCAAUGCCAUUUUUACCAAUGUCCAAAAGCUUACCGAUGCACAGGAAUACUACAGCUCUGGUUUGAAGCUCACAUGCGUGAAAUGCGAGGGGCAGCGAGACCUAGCCUGCUCUGCUGGAAAUGGUAUGUACAGUGUCACUGUUGGCCACUUCUCCAGCUUCGGUAUCACAAUGAUGGGUGCUGGUUGUGGACUGCUUUGA